AUGGAAGACCCAAAGACUGAUUCUCAGGGCAUUCCAGAAGCAAUCGAGAAACUCGACGCACAGAAGCCGAGGGAAAAAGGUUCUGAGGACCUCCCUCCGACACCUCCAGACACCGACGAUAGCGCUUCGAACACUUCGGCCGAAGUUGACGAUGUAGACCUGCCAUUACCGCCAGCGUCGACGAGACCCACAAAGGUCCUUGAUAUUGAUGUGAAGACUCCAGACGCACACGUUCCACGAGAUCCGCGACUCAUCAGGUUGACAGGAGUGCAUCCCUUCAAUGUCGAGGCUCCUCUAACCGAACUCUUCAAUGAAGGUUUUCUUACGAGUCCCGAACUCUUCUAUGUAAGAAACCAUGGCGCUGUGCCAGAAGUCAAGGACGAGGACAUGCUUGACUGGGAAUUUACCGUCGAAGGCAUGGUUGAGAAUCCCUUAACCAUUUCUCUGAAGCAAUUGAUGUCGGAGUACGAGCAGGUCACAUGUCCUAUAACACUGGUCUGUGCAGGCAACCGGAGAAAGGAACAGAACGUUGUACGGAAAACGAAAGGCUUCUCGUGGGGUCCGGCAGGUGUUUCAACCGCGUUGUGGACUGGUGUGAUACUGUCAGAAGUUAUAAAAAGAGCAAAGCCAAAGCGUAAGGCGAGAUAUGUCUGCAUGGAAGGUGCUGACAAGCUACCUAAUGGCUAUUACGGCACAUGUUGCAAACUCAACUGGGUCAAUGACCCUAACAAAGGCGUAAUGCUCGCUUACAGCAUGAACGGUGAGACACUGACCCCAGAUCAUGGGAAGCCUUUGCGAGUUGUCAUACCGGGUCAAAUAGGAGGUCGUUCUGUGAAAUGGUUAAAAAAGCUUAUCCUCACCGAAGGGCCAAGUGACAAUUGGUACCACAUCUACGACAACCGAGUUCUGCCCACCAUGGUCUCGCCGGAAGAAUCAGCCAACGAUCCAAAAUGGUGGACUGACGAAAGAUAUGCCAUCUACGACCUCAACCCGAACUCGGCCAUUGCCUUUCCUGCCCACGAUGAGAAGAUUUCCAUCUCCCAAGGUCCGCCAACAUAUCGUGCUCGAGGUUAUGCAUAUAGUGGUGGUGGGCGAAGGAUUACUAGAGUUGAAGUUACUCUAGACAAGGGCAAGUCGUGGAGGCUUGCAAACAUCGAAUAUCCAGAGGACCGGUAUCGAGACGUAGAGAAAGACCUCUUCGGUGGGCGUCUAGAUAUGAACUGGAGGGAGAGCUGCUUCUGCUGGUGCUUCUGGUCGAUUGACUUGUCCAAAGAAGAGAUGAAAAAUGCAAAAGACAUCCUGGUACGGUCGAUGGACGACAGCAUGAACCUACAACCUCGAGAUAUGUACUGGUCUGUAUUGGGCAUGAUGAAUAACCCAUGGUUUAGGGUCGUGAUCGACGUCCAAGGAGACACAAUGAGCUUCGAGCAUCCGACUCAGCCAGCUUUAAUGCCCGGUGGUUGGAUGGAGCGUGUCAAGAAAGCCGGAGGAAAUCUGGCCAAUGGUUUCUGGGGUGAAGUGUUGGAAGGUGAAAAUAUUAGUGUUCCCGAAGCAGAGGUGCCUAAGGAAGUGGUAAUGGUUAAAGAGGGUGUCAAGAAUGCCAUAAGCAUCGACGAGUUGCGCAAACACGACGGUGGGGACAGUCCGUGGUUUGUGCUCAAUGGUGAAGUCUACGACGGCACGAAGUUCAUGGAGGAACAUCCUGGCGGUGCUCAGAGCAUCAUCUCUGCCGCUGGCCUGGACUCGACUGAGGAGUUUAUGGCAAUCCACAGUGAGACUGCGAAAGCCAUGAUGCCUGAUUAUCACAUAGGUUCGCUCGACGAAGCAGGACGGACAGCACUGACGGAAGACGUCGCAGAAACCAUUUCAGGAGAGCCACGGGAUCAGUUUCUUCAGUCUAAGGCCUGGUCGAAAGCCAUAUUGCAUGGCAAGAAGAUUGUCUCCUGGGAUACAAGGAUAUUCACGUUUAAGCUGCAACACGAAGAACAGAAAUUGGGUCUGCCCGUAGGUCAACAUCUUAUGGUCCGCCUGCAUGACCCUGCCACUCGAGAGGCCAUCAUCCGCAGCUAUACACCAAUUUCAGAGAUCGACGAUCGAGGUCAUAUGGACAUGCUGGUGAAGGUAUACUUUGCUGGCAAUGGCUCACCUGGCGGUAAGAUGUCCGUAGCAAUGGACUCACUCCCAAUAGGACAUUUCAUUGAAAUGAAAGGGCCGAUCGGCAAAUUCGAGUACAAAGGUAAAGGCAUAUGUAUGGUGCAAAACAGAGAACGCCACAUCAAGUCUUUCGUGAUGAUUUGCGGUGGUAGCGGUAUCACGCCCAUCUAUCAAGUGUUCCGAGCAAUCAUGCGGGACCCAGAAGACCACACCAAGUGCACUAUCCUCGACGGCAACAGAUUGUUUGAAGACAUCCUAUGCAAAGAAGAAAUGGAGGCACUGGCUGAUGGCAAUGACCACAAAUGCAAAGUCCUUCACACAUUGACCCAAGCACCAGAUCAUUGGACUGGUUUACGAGGUCGUAUCACCGGCAAGCUCGUCGCUGAGCAUUGCUUGAGGGACAAAGACACGCUUGUGCUCAUCUGUGGCCCAGAAGCGCUUGAGAAGGCUAUGCACGUGGCAUUGUUGGAGGCUGGAUGGGAGGACGACCAGUUGAUGUUCUUUUAA